AUGGAAAAAUUGAAAAUGCAGCAUUGGAUGGCAGACGAGGACGAGUACCAGAAUGUUUUGAGAAAGACUGCGACGCUAGCCGAACUCUCGCGAAAGCGAAAAACCCACGCAUACGUAGAGGAGUUUUUAAAAGGGUGGGAAGUCCUGUUCGCGUACGGAACAUACGCAUCCGAAGGGGAGGUGGAGUUUUCAGCAACUGAGACUUGGAACCUGAUGCAAGACGCACAUGGCAAGACGAUAAGUUUCAAAAGGCAGAUGAUAAACUUUAUGCUCGCUCUAAAAUGGAUGAAGGGCUGCGGACGUCUCACGCCUGACAAAAUCCAAGCUAUCCAUGAGAUCAUGAUGCGCGGUGAAAAACCCGUGCUGACGGGGAAAUACAGGACGACUAACGCUGGUUUUCACGAAUUUGCCCCUGUUUCUGCAAUCUCAAGGUUAGUGACAGAAGCCCUGGAUCGAUACUACUCUACAGAGACUGAAGAUCCGAUAUGGAACGCUGUGAUGUUGUUUAUAGACUUGAUUAAUAUCCAUCCAUUCGAAGAUGGGAACGGUAGGCUAUGUAGGCUAGUUAUUUCUCACGUACUUGUGGAGAGUGGAAUGAGUCUCUUUCCAGUUUUGCUUAGUUCGUUCCACAAACGCUACAGGCGCCAUUACAUUCAGGCUGUUAAAAUGUUUGAAGAGAGAUACGUUACUUUACACGAUGGUCUGAAAGUCUUUGGUGAAGGUAUGGGAUAAUUUCGAGCAAAACUUGGCUCUACUAGAAAAGUCGAAAAUUCACUGAUUCGUUACUACAAGGAAAUUUUUUUAA